AUGUGGGCGAGGCGGAUAGGCUGGUGUCUGGCUGUGGCAGCCCUCGCUCCGUGCCUGUCUGACGCAGCAUGCCUCGAGGACACGACUCCGUGGACACAUCGGCUACCACUCAGAGACGAUGUCAUCCACCAAGAUGUUCUCAAAGCUCUUUCCCACGAGCUGGAUCUCGUCGCUAUACGGCCAGGCUUCGAGCGAGUCUCGUUCUCUGUUUCCGCGACCACUUUGAACAGCACCUUUUUCUCCUACCACCACACUGCUCGACGGCUAGACUUCGCACGACCAGGCGCCCAUCCAGUGACUGGCGACAACUACUAUCGCAUAGCCAGCAUUACGAAAAUGUUCACCACCACAGCAAUACUGCAGCUGCAUGCAAAGGGCAAGCUCAGCCUCGAUGAUCCAGUCUCGAAGCACUUGUCUAAGCUCAGCGGCCCAAUAGCGUGGGACGACAUCACCUUGCGAAUGCUUAUAUCUCAAAGUAGCGGGCUGGGACAGGACUGGUCUCAAGGUGAUCUGACCAAAGGCAUUGAUGAUCCUCUCGAAAAGGGAUUUCCUCCGCCCACUAAGAAGCAUUUGACGCCAUGCUACGAGCAGGUUGAUUUCUUUACUGCCUGCAAUGCUACGGACCUAUACCACGCCAUGCCAGACCAGCGUCCCGUGUUUUCGCCCAAUCAGGUCGGCUCAUAUUCCAACGUUGGCUUUGAGAUACUUGGCCUUGUGAUAGAGCAGGUCACCGGACACGCAUACGAGACUUACGUGGAGAAACACAUCCUGAAGGCCUGGGACCUGACUUCUGGUGUGACAUUUGACACGCCCGCAGACCACCUAGCAGUCUUACCCGAGGACUGGAGUUGGUUUUUCGGAGUCGAUCUCGGCAUGCACAGCGCAGCAGGCGCACUAUAUGCGACUAGCGACGGUUUAGACAAGUACCUUCGAGCCAUGAUGCUCAGAGCUGAGGAUCCGGCACUUGGUGCCCCAGCUGUGAACAUAUUCAUGCCGGAGUCGUUCUCCUUUGGCGCCUCCUCGGGGUAUGGUCUGACAUGGGAGAUCUUCCGGACGAGCCAGCUUCUGGAGAACGGCAGAGCAGUGACCUUCUUCACGAAGGGAGGUGGUCAUCCAGGCUAUCAGACCAUGAUACUAGCCAUCCCAGAAUAUGGCCUCGGGAUCACUAUCCUCUGCGCCGGCGACAAGGCAGGCAAUGUACUCGGCCAGGCUCGCGAGGUGGUCACCAGAGAGCUCGUGAGGGCCGCGGAUCGCGCGUCAGCCGAAGAGAUCAAGCGCAAAUACACUGGCGAUUUUGCCUUCCACCAGUUCUUGCAGGACGACAGCAUAGUCGAAGCUUCGUCUGAACCGCAAAAGCCUAUCGUCACAAUCGACUCUAGCCUCACAUUAGCUUACGACUCCAGUGCUGGGCUGUACAUCCAAGCAUGGAAAUCAAAUGGCAGCGAUAUGCUCAACACGCUCAACGAGAUCUUCACACGAUACGAUCCUGAUGCAAGCCUGACCUAUCGUCUCAUCGCGACCAACCAGUACCUUGAGAACGAACAUGGCCACAGGGGCGAGAUCUGGCGCGGUGUCCCUCUCUAUAAGAGACCUGACACUAUAUGGGGUGACUUCUGCGUCAAUAAUAUCGACGGUUUGCAUUUCGAUGGCAAGCCCUUCUUGGAGUUUGUGUUCUUUGAGGACGCUGACCUUGUGGAGAUUCCGAGCUUUAGGGUCAAGUUGCGGCGGCCUAAGCGCGGUCGUAUCAUAUCGCUACAGUCAGAAGGACAGCAGCUGCCGCUAGGGGCGAUGUUGAUGGGUGAAGUUCGUCGGCUGGUCGAAACCAUCGAAAACGCAUGA